AUGAGAUUUGAAAACACGGAAGAUGAUCCAUCCCGCGACGUUAGAACGGCUGCCGGGGUGAUCUCGGCCAUCGUCAUCUUUUUGGGUCUUUGCGCGGUCUGCGUGAAGUCCAGCAAGUUUCGCGAAUCUGGAAAGUCUCGUGUCGUGGCGAGGAACCUCGACUUUACCAAGCUAGACAUCCCAGCGGAUUCUUCUGAAGAACAGAUCAUAUCAAAACUUCAAAACGGAUGGCAACAGCAUCUUCGAGGCCGAGCGACAUCACGCCUGGAGAACGAACGGGAUACCUCACAUGGGGAGCCCAUCUGGUUGUCGAUUUACGCCAACAUGGCCAACUUCAGGCACUGGGCGCUCUUGACGCAUCGGUACAAGUACGAGCUCAGGGAAAGAAAACGCAACGGAAUCCGGUAUGAUCCGUAUGAUCUCGAGGCCGGCGGUUUCCAGAACGAAGCAGACCAGCCGGUGGAAGCAUUCGCCGCUAGAGAUGCUGUCGAGGACGUCAGCAACACGUCGGGAUUCGCCAGGUACUACGAGCAAGUCAUUCGCGAAGACAAGGAUCACGAUCCGAUGAUGGCACAACGCGCAGAGGCAAUUCGACAGACCCAAGUGCCACGAGUUUACAAAGACAACGUUGGGCUUCUGUAUGUCAUCCACCUCGGGUGGACUACCAAAACAAAGGACGAAGUGGACAAGAUUUGCGUGGCGGUAGCACAAAGCUUCGGCCGGUAUAAUGUUGUGAGCAACAACUGCCAACAUUUUGUCAGGCUCCUUGCUACUAGCAUCGUCGACAAGAAGUCGGAAGAUUGGGAAUGGUUUGAAGGAGCAGCGAAUAAGAGGUAUGAAUAUGUAGGGCCUCUGACGAUAGGUCCUCCAGCAGGUCUUGCUCAGCUUUGUCUGGACAGACUGACCAGUAUGCUGGCAAACGACGAGAUCAAAGACCCCGAGGUGAAGGCGAAGAUUAUCGAGCACAUACAGACGCUGUCUACGUACGUGGAUAACUUGAAAAGGGAGAUCGACGAGGAGCUCAACAGAACUGUGGAGUUUGGCAGGCGGGAUGCGGGAUGGAAUCAAAUGAUGGGGCAAAUGGGGAGCGGCGGGGGUAUGGCCGGAGGGUGA